GGGAGGGGGAGGGCGCACGGGAGGAAGGAGGAAGCCGCCAUCUUGGAGCGUCGAGUCGCCAUAACAAGGCACCAAGGGGGAGCCGGAGGAUUUUAUACCUGGGCGAGGGGAGAGCGCGGCUGGUGGCGAUUGAAGCAAGUGAAUUCUGAUAUAACUCAACUUUGUUAGAGGGCUUUUUUUAAAAAAAAGUUGAUCCACAGUGCAUCAGAGCAAGUUACUACUUUACUUUUGAGUGACUUACAGGUGCUUGCCUGCAUUGCAAUAAAGGACUCAUAUAUUGAGCAAGACUUAUUUAUCUCUUCGUUUUGGAGAGUCUAAUAAACUGUUAUUACAGUUUCUGUACUGACUUUCAAAGUUUUGAAGUCUAAAAAGACAUCUUUAAAAACAAAAACAUGAGCACGGCCAGAACAGAGAACCCUGUUAUAAUGGGUCUAUCCAGUCAGAACGGGCAGUUGAGAGGCCCUGUAAAACCCAGCGGGGGCCCAGGAGGUGGAGGCACACAGACUCAGCAACAGAUGAACCAGCUGAAAAAUGCCAACACAAUCAAUAACGGCACUCAACAGCAAGCACAGAGUAUGACCACCGCUAUCAAACCUGGUGAUGACUGGAAGAAGACUUUAAAACUCCCUCCAAAGGAUUUGAGAAUCAAAACUUCGGACGUGACCUCCACAAAAGGAAACGAGUUUGAAGAUUACUGUUUGAAACGGGAGUUGCUGAUGGGAAUUUUUGAAAUGGGCUGGGAAAAACCAUCUCCUAUUCAGGAGGAGAGCAUCCCCAUUGCUUUGUCCGGUAGGGAUAUCUUGGCUAGAGCGAAAAAUGGCACAGGCAAGAGCGGAGCCUACCUCAUUCCUUUACUUGAACGGCUAGACUUAAAGAAGGAUAAUAUACAAGCAAUGGUGAUCGUUCCCACCCGUGAACUAGCCCUGCAGGUCAGUCAGAUCUGUAUCCAAGUCAGCAAGCACAUGGGAGGUGCCAAAGUCAUGGCGACGACGGGAGGAACCAAUUUGCGAGAUGACAUAAUGAGGCUUGAUGAUACAGUGCACGUGGUGAUAGCUACCCCUGGGAGAAUUCUCGAUCUCAUCAAGAAAGGAGUAGCAAAAGUUGAACACGUCCAGAUGAUAGUAUUGGAUGAGGCAAAUAAGUUGCUGUCUCAAGAUUUUGUUCAAAUAAUGGAAGACAUUAUUCUCACGCUACCUAAAAACAGACAGAUUUUACUCUACUCGGCCACUUUCCCUUUGAGCGUACAGAAGUUCAUGAAUUCCCAUUUGCAGAAACCCUAUGAGAUUAAUCUGAUGGAGGAGCUGACCUUGAAGGGAGUUACCCAGUACUAUGCCUAUGUAACCGAGCGUCAGAAAGUACACUGUCUCAAUACGCUGUUUUCCAGGCUCCAGAUCAACCAGUCGAUCAUUUUCUGCAAUUCCUCUCAACGGGUUGAAUUGCUAGCCAAAAAGAUCUCCCAGCUGGGCUAUUCCUGCUUCUACAUCCAUGCUAAAAUGAGGCAGGAGCACCGCAAUCGUGUGUUCCACGAUUUCCGAAAUGGCUUAUGCCGCAAUCUUGUUUGCACUGAUCUGUUUACCCGAGGUAUUGAUAUCCAAGCUGUGAAUGUGGUGAUCAACUUUGAUUUCCCAAAGCUGGCAGAGACUUAUCUCCAUCGUAUCGGCAGAUCAGGUCGCUUUGGUCAUCUUGGUCUGGCCAUCAACUUGAUCACCUAUGAUGAUCGAUUCAACCUGAAAAGUAUUGAGGAGCAGCUGGGAACUGAAAUUAAACCCAUACCGAGCAACAUUGACAAGAGCCUGUACGUGGCGGAAUACCACAGUGAACCUGUAGAAGAUGAGAAACAGUAAAUGUGCUUUGAUUACAUAUGCCAGAAGGUGAAGCCCUUUGAUCCGGAUCUGUGACACAUCGUUUCUUUGGGGAUACCCUUCUCUUUGUGGGUUUUUCUUCAUCUUUUCGUUUCGGACCUAUGAAGACUAAAGAGCUCGGCCUUUUUUCUUUUUAAAUUUGGCAUCAAGGAAGAAAGAAGAUCAAAGGAGGAAUGUCUUUUUGUUUUUCCACUUGUUUGCACUGUGUGCUGAUUGAACAUUAGUUGCACUAACUGCUGGUUUUAAAUCGUUUUUUCUUUGGGUGGGAGGGACAGCAAGGGAAGAAGAGAAACCCUGAAAAGAGAAGAAUCUUGACGAACACGAGCUUGUCUGCUAUUUCAAAUUCUUCGACCGUCGACUGAGUGCAUUUCAACUUCUCCCUGGUUACUCAUCUGUUUUUAAGCUAAAGAGCUUGUUACUUAUUCGUGCAAAGUGCCUUAUGCUAUGAGACCAUUCAGAGUAUCACCUUUCCGACACAGCCCAAGGAAUCAGCAGCUGUUUUUCGUUUCAGGUCAAAGUUCCCCUCUCUUCCCCCUCUCCUCCUCCCGGAAUACUCGAGCCCAGGGCCGGGAGGUGAAACGUAUUGGUAAUACUACUUUUUCCUUCGACUUGUUUGGGUUUUGUUGGGUUGGGUUGUUUUUUUUGGUUGUUUAUUUGGAAAUUGGAGGAGUUGAUAUGCAUCUGCAGUUCACCCACGCUGUAAAUACCUGUAUUUAAAACAAAACCAACUUAAAAUCUGGGCUGAUUAGGCGCAGCAUCGUAGCUCCAGAAGGAAAGAGUAGCCUGUCAUCCUUUGCGGGAGCCAUAAGAAAAGCCCUGUGCUCUAGCAGAACACUAAAGACUGGUUUCCAUAAGAGUCUCCAUUAGUAGUUACAGCACUUGAUAUGUAGACUUCUUUCAGAGCCAUGGCCCUCUUUCCUCUGGUGCAGUGUGUCCCAUAGAAAAUCAGAUGUGUAUAUUGUACAAA